CUCUUCCGCAGUUUGCGUAUAGAAAGGCUGCCAAAAUGGCGACGCAGUCGGUGCAGACUUUCGGCCGCAAGAAGACCGCCGUGGCGGUGGCGUACUGCAAGCAGGGCAGCGGCCUCAUUAAGCUGAAUGGCCAGCCCCUGGAGCUGGUGCAGCCUGAGGCCCUGCGCUUCAAGGUCUUCGAGCCUAUCAUGGUGAUUGGCCGCCAGAAGGUCAAGAACCUGGACAUCCGCCUGCGCGUCAAGGGCGGCGGCCACGUGUCGCAGAUCUACGCCCUGCGCCAGGCUAUUGCCAAGGCCGUGGUUGCCUUCUACCAGAAGUACGUGGACGAGCAGAGCAAGCAGCAGAUUAAGGAUGCCCUCCUGCAGUUCGACAGGACCCUGCUGGUGGCUGAUCCCCGCCGCUGCGAGCCCAAGAAGUUCGGUGGUCGCGGCGCCCGCGCCCGGUUCCAGAAGUCGUACCGUUAAGCGGUACGCUGGUGCUGCUCCGGGCAGCACAUGCGGGGCACCCCGGCGGUCAUGGUGUUGUGUGGGACCCUCCGCCAGGCGGCGAGCUGGCGGCAUGCUGGGUGCAGCCGGGGGGCUGCUGGGUGGCUGGCGGCUGCGUGGCGCUAGGGGCGUAUGGCCGCCUGGACCAGUGCGGCGUAGGGCGGCCUGCGUCCGUGUGUCACACGGCCGGCCGGUGGUGGGGUGCGCAUCUGGGUUUCGCCGCAAUCUGGAUGUAACGUGACACGAAAGAGUCCGCUAUGUUGACUAUGACAAGUGUUCGAUCAUGC